CGUUGUAAAGUUCGCGUCGCUGAGAUCAUUUGUUAAAGCGUCAAAAAUUAAAGGUGAAAGCAAUAUUCCCACAAUGAAACUACUACUUUUGAGCGCGUUUUUCUUUCUGGCCAGCCUGCACGCUGCCCAAUCCCUGCGCUGUAUGCAAGGAACAGAACUCGUUUUAUCCACGGACACAAACUCCGACAAGGACAAAGAAAAGAUACCCGAAUACACUGAGUGUGGUCUACUCACUACUAGCGCGUCGGUUGCAGCUUUAUUGCUGUUAAAACCUAAUACUGCCACUUUUCCCUCCACCGACUACAAGUGCUUUCAUAUGCGGGUCGAAGAAUCCGAAACCAGGAAAGCCACCAUUGUUAAAGGUUGCAUCUACAAGGCGCAGAACGUUUGUGAUGGCCAAUUUAAGCUAAACACCAUGCGUGAAGUGUUCUGUAGCCAAUGUGAUCAGGACGAGUGUAAUUCGGCGUUUCGGUUCGCUUCCUCUUGGAAAGUCUUAGGCCUAUCUGUUUUAACCAUCAUAUGCUUCUUCUUCAAUGUGUAAUCUGAACGUCGAUGGUAAAAUAAAACGGCGCUAUUCGAUAGGCAAUCUCACAACUCUCAGGAUAUUACGCAUGCCUUUAGCACAUCAGGUUGCAAACGAUACUUUGCCGUUAGUUACGGGGUGGAAUUUUAUCGAAACUAACUACAAUGUUUCUAUAAUAGAAGAUAUGCCGUUUGAAAUCCGGUAGAUGACCGAGAAACAUGCCUUACAAUUACAAACCAUAGCGGCUUUCCAUUUAAGACGUUGCUUGAAAUUAUCGUUUACGAGAACAAUUCAAACUGUGGUUCUUACCACGGCCUUAAGCGAGGGAAAUGAUACUAGCUUCCAGCAUGAGUUUGUAGCGCUUUGAUUCCUAAGAAAUAUUUUAGAAUCUCGAUAAUCAUACAAAAACAUUGCUAAAGUGUAUAAUGUGAUUUUUAUUAAAACAUGAUUAAUCAAAAGUGGUAGCAGUUCUUGUGCUUAUUACGCGAUUAGUAGGCGUAUUGCAUUGCGUUAGGAAUAAGACUUUGUCAUUACUCGCGUCAUUGUGCGCAUCUCGCCGUAACACGUUUUAUAAGUUGCAAACCAUUUUAGAAAGCGAAUAAACAAUAAAAUUGCUGUCAUUAGUAUGCCACUUAUGACUAACACGAUGUUGGG